UCGGCAGGCGAGUGUGUGGCCGUGUACGUGCAUUUCGCCGGGGUGCGACUUCGCGGGUGUCCGCGAGAACCCGUGGCCGACACCACGGACCCUCCAGUCGACGCGCGUGGUCAUUUACAAACAGGCGACGGCACACCGGGGAGCGGGUUGCCGUCUGCAGAGUGUGCUAAGCUAGCGAGCUGGCUAGCCUAGCUUAGCCUCGCGAGCUAACCGCUGUUGGGGUGAACGUGAGCGGAGCGGAGCGGAGCAGGGCAGCGAAGGGGGAGUGACGAGCGAAGGCGACAGAAGAGGAGCAGCGGGUUCCAGAUGGCGUUGGGAGGUGUGAGCUGUGAUGCAUGUUUGAAAGGAAACUUCAGAGGCCGGAGAUACAAAUGUUUAAUUUGCUACGACUAUGACCUGUGCGCAUCGUGCUACGAGAGCGGCGCGACCACGACCAGACACACCACAGAGCAUCCCAUGCAGUGUAUAUUAACCCGAGUCGACUUUGACUUGUACUACGGCGGAGAGGCAUUCUCGGUGGAGCAGCCCCAGGCCUUCACAUGUCCCUACUGUGGCAGGAUGGGCUACACGGAGAUCUCCCUGCAGGAGCACGUGGCUGCAGAGCACACGGAGACCUCCACAGAGGUGAUCUGCCCCAUAUGUGCAGCGUUGCCAGGUGGCGACCCGAAUCAUGUGACGGAUGACUUUGCUGCUCAUCUCACACUUGAACACAGAGCACCCAGAGACUUGGACGAGUCCAGCGGGGUUCGGCACGUGAGGAGGAUGUUUCACCCCGGGCGCGGGCUGGGGGGUCCGAGGGCCCGCAGGUCCAACAUGCACUUCACAAGCAGCACCACAGGGGGGCUCUCCACCAGUCAGAGCUCCUCACAGAGCUCCAACUACAGCAGAGAGGCCAUGGACCCCAUAGCAGAGCUUCUGUCCCAGUUGUCGGGGGUGCGGCGCUCGGCGGGCGGCCAACUCAGCUCGGGCCCCUCGGCCUCUCAGCUCCAGCAGCUUCAGAUGCAGCUCCAGCUGGAGCGCCAGCAGGCGCAGGCGGCGCGUCAGCAGCUCGAGACGGCCCGAAACGCCACCCGGGGCGGUGGCAGGGCCAAUGCGAUCCUGAACAGCAAUUCUUCCGCUACGAACCCAAACCCCAGCGCCAACCACAACACCAACCCCAGUCCCAACCCGGGUCCACCGGAGUCCAACACACAGCACACUGCACAUAGCUCCCAGUUUCUACUCAGCAGGCUGAGCGAACCGCGGCUGUCCGAGGCCGAGCGGCAGGCGUGCGAGGCCCAAUGGGCUGACAGGAGCCUGUUUGUGACGGAGCUGCUGCUGUCCACGCUGCUGCAAGACGAGGACGCCUCGGCCUCCUCGGACGACGAGGACAACUGUCACGGCCCGCUGCGGCGGAACUUCGCCGACUUCGAGGCCAUGGGCUGUGUCGAGGUCAUGACCUUGGACGUGGCACUGGAGAACCUCAACCUCAAGGAGACGACCCCGGCCACCAAGACGACCAAAACGGCGCCCAAAACGGCGCCGACGAAGAAAGAGCCGCCCGCGCCGCCCCUUUGAUGAAACGGCCGCUCCCUCCCCUCAAACCACGGUUGCAACUUGGCCGACUGCCGAGACGGUCCGACUGCCGAUGGAUGACAAAAAAAAGAGACUGCAGUUUUUUUUUUUGGGCUUUGUUUUUUUUUUCUCAGUGAUUGUCAUUUCAGCUCUGUCGCUCCCCCACUCGAGCCCUCCCAUGUUUAUAAAGUUGUGUACAUUGAAUAAAAGUAGUGAGACGAGAGAAUGUGAAAGCAAGCAAGCGUGGUGGGGUGCGUGAGACAAAAAGAAAAAUAACUAUAUAAAUAUAUUAUAGAAAAAUCUAUAUGAAAGCUGAUAAUCAAUUUCGACAUAAUCCGUGUUUUUCCUCUAGCAGGCGAGCAAAGCGUAGUUAGCCAUUUCAAAUAGACGACCACGUCACUCACACACACACACACACACACACACACACACACACACACACACACACACACACACACACACACACACACACACACACACACACACACACACACACUCACCGAGGGGAGAGCAGGCAGACUGAAAACCUCUCCGGUAAAAAAAAACCUGCUGCUGUGUAUUUAUAGUUAUUAAUUAAAGAAGUGCUUGGAUGGUUUACCACAAACUUAAGCAUGAGCUUAAUUCACCAUGUGCCCAUUUUGAAGUGCACAGUCACCAGACAGGGAGGUGUUUCCUCUUUCUCUUCAGACACCCGAGUAACUGUAAAUGGAAUGGUGCCGAGUGCCACAUCGCUGGCAUUUCUGUGCACCACACGCACACACAGACACACACACACAGACUGACGGACGGACGACCGCAUUCCAGUUGCGUACAUGUCCAGUCUCAUCCCCCUCCUCAUGUGACGUCACCUGUUUUGGGUCGUGUGACCUUGCUUUAUAUCGACUGCAGGCACUAAUGAAUUGCAUAUCCAGUGUCCGUCUGUGUACACUACAGAUCCUCCACAUAAAGGCGAUACAGGACUUGGAGGCAAACGGAGAGGACACCAUCUCUUCAGCGUGACCCAUUUUUUUGGCCUUUUUCUAACAUGGAAGAAACAAACACAAACCCUGGUCUUCGUACGGUUGUUGUUUUUUUCCCCCUCCCCGUCUCUCUCUCUCUCUAUCUUUCACCGAAGACCAGACGCUACUCUUCUCAAGCUUCCCGUGAUCUGAAAUUAAUCUUCUCUCUCUCUCUCCAUUACUCUUGAAUGCAAAGAUUUACUCAUCGUACGACUUGAAGGAGAGAAUCCUGUAAUUUCUCUUUCCCAUUAAUUUCUCAGUCAAAAAAUGGAUCUUUGUAAUGCCUCCACUGCUACCUGAAGAAAAAUUCAAUGUAUGUUUCUGGAACGGAGCCAAAGUGACGGGGUAAAACCUCUCAGUUUGGAGGACAAUAAAAAAAAGUUUUGGAUGGAAAUGAACUAACCCAA